AUGCCGGUCCUAAGCCCGGAUAAAUGGGGAGGGGUGAGGAAAGAAAUAGCAAACUACCUCCCUAUUUUGCUGAAAUACCUUAUGGAUCAGCACAAUCAAAUAAGUUCAGAUAUGAUGCUGGAAAGUGAGACCCCUGGGCUGGAAAGCAUCUAUCAUAUUACCAGGGAUGAACGUGAACGUUUUUCAAGUAGCGAAGGCAUUUAUGACGUGGACGGGACAAAUCCAUCAGGACUCCCGCCUGCUGAUGUGGCUCCGAGCAAAAGGAAGCGUCUACGUUUUUCAACAACUAUUCACAAUAUUGGCACAUGGAAUGUUCGCGGCAUGAACAUAGGCAAACUCAAAAUCAUCAAGCAAGAAAUGCAACGACUUCAUAUCGAUCUGUUGGGCAUCAGCGAGCUUCACUGGACGGGUAAUGGAUAUUUCAAAAGCGAUGAAUACACCGUCGUCUAUUCUGGAAACGACACCACCAAACGCAAUGGAGUGGCAUUCAUCGCAACAAAAGCAGUCAGCAAAGCCGUACACUCUUUUAACAUUGCUAGCGAUCUAAUUAUAUCCAUACGCAUCACUGGAAGCCCCCGCUCAAUCACGGUUCUACAAGCAUAUGCACCAGAGAAAGACAUCGAAGAUUUCUAUACCAAACUCCAAGAGACAAUCGACCAGAUCCCAGCUCGUGACAUAAUCUUUGUAAUGGGAGAUUUUAAUGCGAAAUUCGGAUCAGGUGAAGACUUGCCUGUCGUCGGCAAAUUUGGUUUUUGUGAACGAAAUGACGCAGGAGACCACCUGAUCCAAUGUUGCACAGAAAAUCGUUUCUCGAUCAUGAACACUUGGUUUGAACAGCCCCAAACGGUAUACAUCGAAACCAAAUCGACUACAUCCUAUAGACAACUAAACGACGCAAUAACGAUCGAUAAACGUGCAGCUUACAGAGGCGUGAAAAGAAGAUGGGCGAUACAGUUUCUACAAGUUCAUCCGGGUAACCGACUCCCGGCCAAACCAGCCGUCCAUCCUUUCGUGGCUGGUAAAUGGGUAAACAACGUAAGUUGUCGCAUAUUGGCCGGCGAGGUGGCUCAGUGGUUCAAAUGCUCGCUGAGUCCAACAUCUCAAUAG